AUGAUAGCUAGAAUAGUAAAAGACAAAUUGAAUAAAUACAUACAUACGUAUACAUACGAUCACAAAAAUUAUAAUAAAGAAAAAGAAGUAAAAUACUCUUUUUUUUUCUGCACCGCUGCUAUGUAAGAAGAUAUUCAUCUUUAAGAUUCAUCUUUUUCUUUUGAAAGCAGUUUUAGCGAAUCCUCCACAUGGACUCACAAGAAGGAGAAUUUUCUCCCUAAAUAGUACAAAGUUGCCUAAGAAGUUGAGGAAAAAAUUUUAGAGCUUCACAACUUAGAAGUUGGAAGAGACGUUGAAAUCAAAAACAUAAAGAUUAAUUUAAAUGGAGUAGAUGAUGAUUGGAUUCACACUUAUAUAUCUAUUGACAAGGGAAAAGACCGCUUUAAAAACAAAGAGCCUUUAGUUUUAAUUCAUGGAUAUGGCGGUGGAAGUAUUUUAUUCUAAAAAAUGUUUAAAAAGUUGAGCAAGUAGUUUAAAGUUUAUUGCAUUGAUAUCAUUGGAUUGAAUCUUUCAUCACGUCCGAAUGUGGAUCACUUAAAAACUGCGCAGGAAAUAAUUGACUUUUUUGUACUGAGUAUUUAAUAGUGGGUUAUCUAAGUAGGACUAUAAUAUAAACCUUUCUAUUUAGCUGGCCACUCUUUUGGUGGUUAUAUAUCAAGUUUUUUUGCAAAGUAAAACUAAGAUUAAGUUAAAAAACUCAUUUUAAUGAGUCCAGCUGGAGUGAGUAAAAUCAGUUAGUAGGAAAAUCAAGAUUAUUUAAAUAACAGAUAUCCAAAUAUGAAUUUUAAAGAAAAACUGGUCAAUUGGUUUAGAAAAACAGUAUGGAAAUAUCAAAUUACGUAUGAAUGGCUAUAUAAAAAUUGUUUUCUACCCAAACAAUAUAUAAUGAAGCAUAUGAUUACUACUCGUUUAAAAACAAAAUCAUAGAAAGAAUUGAAGCUCUGGUAAUAGUUUUAUGACCAAGUUCUUAAACUUCCCGAAAGCACAAGCAGGUUUGUUUACUCUUUAUUUUUCUAUCCAAGAGUCAUUGCUCAUUAUCCAGUAGAAGAAAUAUUCGAAACUGACAUGAACAUUCCUGUGCACUUUAUGUAUGGAUAACACGACUGGAUGAAUUAAGAAGGAGCCUAAAGACUUAUGAAAAAAAAUAGUGACUUAUUUAAAAUAGAUUUAAUAUCAUCUUCAGGUCAUCACAUGAACGUUGAUAACCCAGAAGAGCUCUCUGAGAAAAUUAUAAAAAUACUACAAAAAAAUGAAGACUCAAAAAUAUAAUCUAUUGAUUGA